AUAAGGAGUAGAAAUCAUUCUUUUGCAACUUACAGACACUCUUCUCUAGUCUGUCAACUUCCAAUGCAAUCCCCCUUGCGUCUGCAUACUUAUCCAUACUCAUGGGUUCCAGAUGACACCCACACCCGAACUCGUAAUCACAAAACCUCCCUUAAACCCUACACUCCAAGAAAUUCCCUUAAGACUGAUUAUCUAAGCACUGGGUACGCCACAGGAGAAUCUGAGCGCAAUCGGGAACAGCCAUCCACUCCUUCCCGUCUUCCGGUAGUCAUUCUCCGGUCCGGCGGCGGCAUCUCUCAGUUCUUUUGGGAUGGGGAUGAGCUCAAUUUGGUAUCUCUCGACGGAAAGGCCCCUUCUUUAUCAGAACUCUGCUACAAUUUUGAAGCCGUUCAAAGUUUUUUCAGGGUUUAUGUUUCUGCAAUUAGGGAUUUCUUUCUUCCGAGGGAUAUGAGUGGGAAUUACUUGGAAUAUGUGAAAUGGAAGUUUGUGCAUAGAUUGUUCAGUUCUUCUUUGCAAGUUCUUGCUACCCAGGCAAUGUUUGGAGCAAUUGGAAUUGGUUCCUCUCGCUCGCUUCCAUCUGCAGCUGCACUGAAUUGGGUAUUGAAAGACGGGCUCGGACGGCUUUGUAGGUGCAUCUACGCUUCUAGUCUUGCAUCUGCUUUUGAUACCAAUCUCAAGAGAGUUAGAUUCUCAACAUCAGUUCUGUUCAGUUUGAGCAUCGGGGUCGAAUUGUUAACACCUGUGUUUCCUCAUUACUUUUUGGUGCUUGCAUCCAUUGCCAACAUCGCAAAGCAAAUCAGCCUGGCAUGCUACUUAGCGACUGGUACGGCUGUCCAUAGAAGCUUUGCAAGGUCCGAUAACCUCGGGGAAGUUUCUGCAAAGGCACAGAUACAACAAAUGUGCUUUGAUAAUCUUGGUCUUAUGCUUGCUGCAGUCUUAAAUAUCUUGUGCCAACAUAAUCCAAGAUUCCAAGCAGGUCUACCAUUUGUUGUGUACCCAAUCUUUGCUGCACUUGACCUUUAUGGUAUUUAUCAAGGAUUAAAACAUGUACAUCUGCAAACAUUGACUAAGGAAAGACUUGAGAUUAUAUUAACAACGUGGGUUAAGAACGGACGUGUUCCUUCACCUGCAGAGGUGAGCAAAGCUGAGGGCAUUGACUUGUUUUGGGCUAAAGCCAGGAAACCCUUCCCCGUUACAAUUGGUUGCGUAAAUGCCAAGAACCAAUUAUCGAGGAUUUCAGUGACGACUAUGCAAAAUUUAAAAAGCAGCGAUUUCCAUUUCUUAUGCCCGGAAAGAAUCUCUAACCACGCGGAAGGCAUAGAACAGUAUGGUAUCGUUGUCAAUCUGCGGGAAGGAGGAGGCGCUGCAGAAAUCAUCAAGGCUCUAUUGCAUGCAGUAUAUGUGCGCGAGGGUCUCCUGUGUUGCUGGAACUUGAAAGGGUUGAACAGUUCAGAAGCAUUUGUCCAGGAAUGGUUAGAGUUGACAGAAGAUGGCAAGAAAUGGGCAGAUGUAGAUUUCAACCUGGUGGUUGAACAGAUGCCAUUGUUAGGUUGGAGCUGUAAAAACAUUCUUUUUAGCACACAAGAACAGGCUCGCUAUAGUUUCCUUGCAGAUUUGUGAUAUGCUUGCAGGACAGAAGAUUUUGGAGCUAAGCUAACUGAAGAGUGAAGGCAUACAUGACUUCAAUAUAUAUUCUAAGUAGGAUUCUUGUAAGAACAACACUUUAUGUCUUACCUCUUGGCUCAACCAGCACAAAUAGUAAGUUUGUGUAUUUUGUGAUCUUUGUGUUUGUGACUCUAGCAUUUCUCGUGGCAUGACAAUGGAUUUUAGAUAGGAAGUUUAUCGAGGUUCGAAUUCAAGCAAGGACAUUUAUUCUUCGGGCUUCAACAUGUUGAGAAAGUAUGUAUUUACUAGAUACUCAAUUAAAAAAUAUUAGAGCAAUUU